AUGGGCCACUACUCGCCUGCUGCCAACAAUAUCUGCGUCGACUGGAAACAGCUGAGCAGCCAGGAGAAGGCCGCGGCUCUGCGGCUGCCCGGGACUCAUUGGGUGAACUCCAACUUCAAGAAUCAUUUCGUCGCCAGCAUGGGCGAGUUCAUUGGCACGACCCUCUUCCUUUUCUUCGCCUUCGCUGGGACCGAAGUGGCCAACAUCCAAUCCCGGGCCAACAACAGCAACAACUCCAGCGACAGCAACUCGACGACGGGCGGUGCCACUGGCUUCGAUAUAUCCGUGCUCCUUUACAUCUCGAUCAUUUUCGGGUUUUCCCUGAUGGUCAAUGUUUGGAUUUUCUUUCGCAUCAGUGGUGGUCUGUUUAACCCCGCCGUCACACUCGCCAUGGUGAUGGUGAAGGCCAUCAGUGUCACCAGAGCCGCGUGUCUAUUCAUUGCUCAAAUCCUGGGUUCCUUGCUCGCCUCGGUCAUCGUCCGGUUCCUGUUCCCCGAGAACUUCAACGUCAGAACGACUCUCAGUGGUGGGGCCAGCGUCGCUCAAGGCGUCUUCAUCGAGGCCAUCCUGACGGCUGAGCUGGUUUUCACAAUAUUUAUGCUGGCGAAGGAAAAGCAUCGCGGCACCUUCAUGGCACCCGUCGGCAUUGGCCUGGCUUUGUUCAUUGCCGAGAUGGUUGGUGUUCAGUUUACCGGUGGCUCCCUCAAUCCAGCAAGGAGUUUCGGUCCCUGUGUCAUCACUUUGACUUUCGACCAGGAACAUUGGAUAUACUGGGUCGGCCCUUUGAUGGGUUCGUUGAUUGCUGUCAUGUUUUACAAGUUGAUCAAGACUCUCGAAUACGAGAUGGCAAAUCCUGGCGCGGAUGGCGAUCCGUCGAACGACCCAACGGGGAACCUGAAAAGAGGGCAGAACGCCCCAGCGCAAAGAGAAUAA